AUGGCGCGCAGGCAACAUCUAAGCCUCACAGUUGCACUGGUAUUCAUAUUCAUCUUCACCAUAACAUACCUCUUCUCCGGAAGCUCCAAGUCCAGCCGCAUUGAGCCGUUGAAGUCCGGGCGCGACGCCCAGGUCCCCGUCGAUCCCAAAUCAACCACCACUUCAGAAACCAAAACCGACUUCAAGAUUGACCUAGACGCCAUACCGAACCUCUCAGAAGGAGAUUCCAUAGCGCCCAAACUGGAAAAUGCCACGCUAAAAGCAGAACUCGGCCGUGCAACUUGGAAGUUCCUCCACACCAUGGUCGCCCGCUUCCCCGACAAGCCCACAGAGAGCGAUCGCAAAACUCUCGACUCCUUCUUCCACCUCUUCGGCCGGUUGUACCCCUGCGGCGACUGCGCCCGCCACUUUCGCGAGAUGCUCAAGAAGUACCCGCCGCAGACGAGCAGUCGCAACGCUGCAGCAGGGUGGUUGUGCGCUACGCACAACAUGGUGAAUAAGAGGCUUGGUAAGGAGCAGUUUGACUGUACCAAGAUUGGGGACUUUUACGACUGCGGCUGCGGCGAUGAUAAGGAUAAGGGGAAGGGGAAGGGGGAUGAGAAGAAGGCGACGAGGGAUGAGGGGCAUGAUGUUGAUGUUCCGGGGUUGGGAGGGCUGGAGAGACAGAGGAGUAAGGCGAUUGAGGGUUUAUAG